AUGGCGUACAGUCUGCGGGUUGAGCCUGCUCGCGAUGAAGAUUUCCCACGAAUGAUGGAAAUUCUUGUCCCGGCAUUCCAAGCAUUCAGCUUCAAUCAACUCACCGGCGAAAUCGAUACUGUCGAAGGCCGUGCUGCAGCUGCAGAGCAUCACUUGAGGACAAAACACGAGCACGAGGAGAAGUAUCCGAGCUGUGCCUUCAGUAUCAAAUGCGUCCAUAUCAAUAACAAGACCGGCGAAGAGACGAUCAUCUCAUCCGUGCAUUGUGGAAUUUACGAUCGCGAGAGAACCGAAGCCGAAUACAAGACGCAUGCCUACUUUCUCACUGCAGACUGGGUCGAGGACAAGGAAAUCCGGCAACAAGCCAAGGACUCACUCGAGGCACUUCUUGAUGCCCGUGUGAAGUGGAUGGGAGGCAGACCGUACGGUGUCUUGAUGUGGAUGGCGACAGAUCCGGUUUUUGGGCGUUUAGGGGGUGCCACAAAGUGUGUGCAAUGGUUCAUCGAUCGCUGCUCAGAGCUGAACAUUCCAGCGUACCUGGAAGCAAGCGACGCCGGUGCACCUGUCUAUCAGAAGCUCGGAUUCGAGAUUGUGGAUUAUGUGGAUUGCGGCGGCGUCACUCUCCCUAUCAUGAUCCGGUGGCCUAAGAACUACUCAGAAGAUGACAAGAAGCCUGCUCUGGCUUCGACAUGA